UUGACAUUAUUGUUUUUGUUUUACUGACUAUGUUUUGUAUAAAGUGAUGUAUUAAAACGUUAAUCAAAUGUUCUAGUUUGCUAACUAACUAACAACCAUAUUUCAGGCCAGCUAUGUUGACAAAUGUAUAAUUUGAACCUAGGACUACAGCUAGCUAACGUUAGCCAGAUAGCUAACUAGCUAGCUAAUCCCAGCUAGCCACUGACACUGUAAACACAUGUUCAAUUCAGCGUUAUUACGUGCUCUACCUGCAGGCAGAGGAGCUGCACAUAUACCGGUAAUGGCAGAGCUGCACAUUGUCGGUCAGAUCGUUGGGGCAAGCGGCUUCCCUCAGAGCAGUCUCUUCUGCAAGUGGGGAAUUCAUACAGGGGGUGCAUGGCGACUUCUCUCUGGCUUGAAGGAGGGGCAGACCCAAGUGGAUUUGCCUCAGACAGGGGACAUGGCAUACUGGAGUCAUCCCAUUGAUCUGCACUACACCACUAAAGGACUGCAAGGCUGGCCCAAGCUUCACCUGCAGGUUUGGCACCAGGAUGCAUUUGGGCGCUGUCAGCUGUAUGGGUAUGGAUAUUGCCAUGUGCCCUCCAGCCCAGGGCACCACCAUGUACGCUGUGUGACCUGGAGACCACUGGGAUCCUGGCAAGAGCAGAUAGCUCAAAUCUUUGUGGGUGGAGGUCCCCAGCUGCGCUCCCCGGACAUCAUAUACAGUGGGGCGGACAGAUAUAGGCUGCACACAGUGGCUAUGGGCAGUGUAGAGCUGGAGCUAGGCAUCAUCAUGCGACACUUUGACAAAUAUGGUGUAGAGAGCUGAAAUGUUGAGAGAUUGGACAGAGCAAAGGGUGAAUGGAGAGAGGCCUGAAUGGAGCACUGUAUUGUUAGUGGGUGUGGAUUUUGACCAUAUCUGCAACGGGUACAUAAGACUGAGCAGGUCAGAUUAGAUAUUUUGCCUUGUGAGAUGUGUUGAUGUUGCAUACAUUCACUAUAGAUACAAAAGUAUGUGGACACCAAUUCAAAUUAAGGGAUUUGGCUAUUUCAGCCACACCCAUUGCUGUCAGGUGUAUAAAAUCAAGCACACUGCUAUGCACUCUCCAUAGGAAAAUAUUGGCAGUAGAAUGGCCUUACUGAAGAGUUCAGUCACUUUCAACAUGGCACGGUCUUAGGAUGCCAUAUUUCCAACAAGUCAGUUUAUCAAAUUUCGGCCCUGCUAGAGCUGACCCGGUCAACUGUAAGUGAUGUUAUUGUGAAGUGGAAACGUCUAGGAGCAAUAAAUGCUCAGCCGUGAAGUGGUAGGCACACAAGUUCACAGAACGGGGCCGCCGAGUGCUGAAGCGUGUACCGUGUAAAAAUCAUCUGUCCUCGGUUGCAACACUCAAUACCAAGUUCCAAACUGCCUCUGGAAGCAACGCCAGCACAAAAACUGUUUGUCAGGAGCUUCAUGAAAUGGGUUUCCAUGGCCAAGCAGCCAUACACAAGCCUAAGAUCACCAUGUGCAAUGCCAAGCGUUGGCUGGAGUGGUGUAAAGCUCGCCGCAGUUGGACUCUGGAGCAGUGGAAACAUGUUCUCUGGAGUGAUGGAUCACGCUUCACAUUCUGGCAGUCCAACGAACAAAUCUGGGUUUGUCGGAUGCUAGAAGAAUGCUUCCUGCCCUAAUGCAUAGUGCUAACUCUAAAGUUUGGUGGAGGAGGAAUAAUGGUCUGGGGCUGUUUUUCAUGGGCUAGGCCCCUUUUUUCCAGUGAGGGGAAAACUUAAAGCUACAGCAUACAAUGACAUUCUAGAUGAUUCUGUGCUUCCAACUUUGUGGUAGGCCUUUUCCUGUUUCAGCAUGACAAUGCCCCAUGCACAAAGCAAGGUCCAUACAGAAAUGGUUUGCUGAGAUCGGUGUGGAAGAACUUGACUGGCCUGCACAGAGCCCUGACCUCAGCCCCAUUGAACACUUUUGGAAUGAACUGGAGUACCGACUGCGAGCCAGGCCUAAUCGCCCAUCAUCAGUGCCUGACCUUACUAAAGCUCUUGUGGCUGAAUGGAAGCAAGUCCCUGCAGCAAUGUUCCAACAUGUAGUGGAAAGCCUUCCCAGAAGAGUGGAGGCUGAUAUGGCAGCAAAGAGGGGACCAACUCCAUAGUAAUGGCCAUGAUUUUGGAAUGAGAUGUUCGAGCAGGUGUCCACAUAAUUUUGGUCAUGUAUGUGUAUGCUGAGAAGACCCCAACAUGCAAAUGUGUGUCUUUCCCCUAUUUCUCCACAAAGGGGGGGUGUGAGCCUUUCAACACAAUCUGCCUUCCUGAUUUUAAAUUUUUAAAUUUUUUAUAUAACAGGUAUUUAAAAAUGCAAACCAGAUUUUAUACUGUACUUAAUUUCAGUUUUCUAUUUUCCUAUGAACUUUUUUUUUAUAUAGUAAAAUUAUGUAAAUAAAUCAUUACCUGCA